AUGUCAACUAAUCUUCAAACUCAUAACACUUAUAAUGAUAACAGUAAAAUACAAAAUACUGAAAAUUUUACUUUGACCAGUUUUAACUUUGAAAGACCCUUUGAAGAAGACAACGAAAAUGUAAUCUCUAAAUUACUUCAACGUGUGAAAACUUCGUUUAGUAUUCCUGGUGGUAAUUCAACAACAAUUUAUGCAUCUACACAAGUUCUACCCAAAAAUACUACUGACAUCACAAAAAAUAACAACAGUUCACCAACUAAACCUUCUGUGACUUCGCUUUUAUUACCUGACAAGGAAAAAAAAGGUUUUGUUCAAGGCGUAACACUCGCACCACCUGUUAUAUCUUUCGAAGCUGCAUUAUUUGACAAUGCUCCGGUGCUUUUAUUAGAGUCAGAACCUAUGACACAAGAUUAUUCAACAAAGUAUGGCAAUUUAAAUGAUUCUACCAAUUUAAUAUCUGAAAAGGCCAACGGUGUUCAACAUCUCACAACUACAUUAUUUGAUCAACAAUAUCAAGUCAGAUAUUUGAAUGAUGCAUUUGAUUCAAGAGUAGUAAAACCAUUUCAAAUUAAUUCAUCAUCUGUUAUCAAAAAAAACUCGGUCAGUAAAGCUAUUCGCAGAAUACGCGGCGAGGGUGUCAAUAGAGUUUAUUGGAUGGCUGAUGAUACUUGUAAAGAAUGUUAUGAUUGUCAAAUAUUUUGUUACAAAUGCUCCUCCAAUAUAAUAUCUGGCGCAAGAUUUAAUCAUAAUGGAUCAAUAAGGGUUUGUAAUUAUUGCCAUGAUGAAUAUUCUGAUUUUGAAUCAGAUAUAAGGCAAAAUGACAUCUCACUUAUGAUCCCUCAAAGGCAACUUCAAUUAACAAUGUUUUCAGACAACUAUAAUGUCAUUAGCCCUAAUCCACAACCGGAAUUUUCUUAUUCAUUGGCACCUCCAACACCUGGUCUUGUGAAUCAAAGAGCUCCAUCUCCUGAUACAAUUUCAAUUAACGAUGGUAUCAAAAAAAUGUUGGUGGUUGGUUCCUCAUUAUUUAUGACAAGAUCUAGAUCAAAUACAGCCGUAGAUGACAGUAAUACAUUUUUAUCAUCGUCACCUGCACCAUUUAGACAUAGCCUACCGGAAGAAGAUAAAGUAACUCCUGCUGCAAAUGCUGAGGCUGUCUUAGAUCCUGAAAUCGCCCCAUUCAUGAGCAAUGAUGAUGAUUGUAACGUUAAUUAUGAUUCACUAACCAAUCAAUCUUAUCUUUCUGCUGUUUCGUAUCUUAAUAAUGAUUCUGCUACUCCAACACCUGUUGCCUCAGAAUAUGCUGGAAGUGAUGAUGAAUCUUCCGAUUAUAACAAAUUACAAGCAAAAAAUUUGCAAAAACCUCAAAGAAAUGAAGAUACUAGAGCCAUUUAUCCAAAAGAUAAAAAUUAUUCUUCUAAUCAUAGAAGAAGCAUUUCUAAUGCUCGUCCAACUCGUCCCAUGAAAAGAGGUGUCUAUAUUAAGCAAAUCAAUACAAACGUCAUGGAUUUCUCACAGAUGGAACCAAGACCAUCCUCGCCUCUUAACAUCCGUCAUAACAAGUCACCCUCAGUUCCUGUAAAACUUGAAGUGAAUCCUAUUUCUCUGCAACACAUGAGACAAUUUUUACGUCAACUUCUUCAAGAAUCUCAGAUAGAUUUAUCUGGAGGAUGGGAAGAUGUCAUAAUGAAAUUAGUGAUGAAGGUGGCUGAUAAUUUAAAUCCAAAUGUUCGUAAUGGUGAUGAAAUUGAUAUUCGUCAUUAUGUUAAAAUUAAAAAAAUUCCUGGAGGAGCACCUCAAGACUCUGAAUAUGUACAUGGAAUUGUCUGCACGAAAAAUUUAGCACAUAAAAAGAUGCCCCGUUUUCUUGUGAGUCCUCGGGUGCUCAUAUUAACUUUUGCCUUGGAGUAUCACAGGGUAGAAAAUCAAUUAAUGUCAUUAGAUCCCGUGAUUGCUCAGGAGGAGGAACAUUUAAAAAAUUUAGUUGCUCGUAUUUCCGCAUUAGCACCUCAUUUGGUCCUAGUUGAAAAAACUGUUGCUAGAAAAGCUUUACAGUUUUUAUUAGAGAAAAAUAUAUCCGUUGCGUUAAAUGUUAAAUCGUCUGUUAUAGAGGCUGUUGCUCGUUGUUCAAGGGCAGACAUUAUAUCAAUUGAAAAGUUGACUUCGGAGCCAAAAUUAGGGAAAUGUGGAUCAUUCUCUGUUAAAACUUUUGUUCAUCAACUUAUUCCAGGUAGAAGAAAAACUUAUCUAUAUUUUGAAAAUUGUCCGAGAGAGCUAGGUUGUACAAUAGUGUUGCGAGGUGGUGAUAUAAAUACAUUGAAAAAGAUCAAACAAAUUACUGAUCUUAUGGUUUUUGUGGUUUACAACCUUAAAUUGGAAACAGCUUUGUUGUUAAAGCAAUUCGCAAGAUUAAAUUACGAUCUAAAUUUGGUUGAUAGAAAAAAUGAUGACGAAGAUUGUAAAAGUAAAAGCCUUGGUAUUUCAAAGCAGACACAGGAUAUUGUAAGACCAUAUGAAACUAGGAUUCUUUCAGUGUCACCAUUUAUCAAAUUUCCUCCUCCUUAUUUGCUUACAAAAAUGAUACAAGCUGAGCGUAAAUUAGCAGAAUUAAAUCAGAAACAUGUUUCAGGAUGGCAAACUGGUUCUUUAAAAGAUAGUGAGAAAUCACAUCCGUCACAAUCGAGCUCAGUUACUGGAUUAUCUGGUAUUCUACGUACUCCAGAACAGGUCUGUGCCGAAGGGGAGUAUAAUGAUGCAUAUGAUGAAUAUGAUUAUCAGGCUAAAGCAUGGAAAAGUCAUACAUUUAAUAAUGUUGUUAGUCCUUAUGCCUUUCAAAAUAUCACGAUAUUAUAUACAAAAUUUUGUGAAGAAACUCAUAAACCAUGUAUAAGACCUGAAAUUUUAGUUAUGGAGUAUUACGGAGAAUCUGAUCGUACAAUUGGCCAAUAUAUUGAAGACUUGAUUACUAACUCUACUAGUAUUUGUCAAAAUUGUUAUAAGCCAAUGUUCUUACAUUAUCAAAGUUUUUGUCAUGGAAAUUCUAGAAUUACUGUGCAUCUUAUGGAAUAUAAAAAUUUAGGACAUCAUGAUGUACACGAAUUUGAAAAUUGUAUUUUAACAUGGAGUUACUGCAAAAAAUGUGAAAAACCAACUCCGGUCAAAAAAAUGUCAGAUGAUGCAUGGAAGUACUCAUUUGGAAAAUAUCUUGAACUGUCGUUUUAUCAAACAGAAUUGGAAAGUUGCAAUGAAAAUUGCCAACAUGAUGUAUUCAAGGAUCAAGAAAAAUGCUUUGCAUUUAAUAAUCUUGCAAUAAAAUUUGAAUAUGAAGCUAUCAAGCUAAUGGAAGUACACGCACCACCUAAGCACCUAUACUAUAAGCCUGAAGUUCAUAUUCGACUAAAAAAUCAAGAUUUAGAUACAAUUCGCAAUAAGAUUACAAGUUAUUGGGAUUCUGUAGCUGAUCGAAUCAAAAACUUUAACUAUGAUUUUGUUGAACUCGAUAAAAUCGAAUGUUGUAAACAAGAAUUAUUAGAAAUGUCUAGAAGAGUUGUGACUGAAAGGCGAUACAUGUUACAAAAGCUUCAACAGACAUAUGUGAACAGCGCACCCGAAGACACAUUGGAAUUAAAUAAUGUAAUGUAUGUGCUCCAGGAGAAAGUGACAGUUUGGGAUAAAUAUUUCGAUGAAAUUGCAAGACAAUAUUUUCCUCGAUUAACGACAAAACAAUUAAAAAGAUUUUUUGAGGUCAAACAAUAUGUUAUGCCAUUGGGACAUGGUUAUCCUGGCUCACUUUUAAAUGACCUACCGUUGAUAAAUAUGGAUCCUGAUGAUACUGACAGAGUGGAUGAAGAAUUGUUGGGACCAACGAUAUUUCCAAAAUUAAGUGGUUCACCCACUAGAGGAUUAUUAUUGAACGAGACAAAGGAUAUUGAAUUGUACCAUGAAGAUGAAAUUGAAAACUUGGAAAAUGAUAUCGAAAAGGCCAAUUCGCAAGUUUCAAUGUUCCCAUUCAUGGAUCCUAAAAUCUCAAGACGUUUGUCAAUGAAAUGGAUGAAAGAAUCUAAAACCUUUCAAUCGCCAAUAAAAUCAAACAAUGCAUCUGAAUCGAUUUUCACAUUAAUAGCUGACCAACAAGAAGAUUCACAAGCUGAGGUUGAGUUUACGCAAGAGCCAGAAGUAAUUCCAAGAUUGAUCCCUUCAACAAUAAAAAAGCAACCAAGAAAUCUAUUCUCAUCUUAUAUCAAUUUCACUAUGUUUGAUGAUACAAAAGAAACUAUGCAAAAUAAACAUGAUUUUCAACCAAUUGGACCGCUUGCACCAACUACGCCACCAAUAUCAUCUUCAUCAUUACCAUCACUAUCUACUCAAUUAAGUCGAAUACCACUUAUUGAUGAUAAAGAAACCAAAAAAGUUCAACUUGAUCGUUUUGCACAAAAAAGAUCAUCCCUAAAAAAAAUUCAACCCUUAGAAUUAAAAGGCGCACAAAAUAAUAACAAUCAUAAUAAGAUGGGUGCAUUACAUAAACCCAGGCACCGAAGACCAACUAUCUUAACAUCAAAGCCUACAAUUGAGAUAUUCCGCAAUGUUAGUACGGCAACAGCAGAAGAAUCGGAUGAAGAUUUUGAGGAGGUGGAUGAUAAUUAUGAAAAAAAUUUAGAGGACAAAUAUCAAAUUUUUUCAUUGAAUAGUACAGAUGCUUUUGAUGAGUCAUUGGGAAAUGAAGAAAUUUUUGCAGCGCGUACUCAUGAAACAUCUGCUGAAUCAUUCGUCCAUCAUUCAGCUUUGACAUUUUUAGGCCCAGAGUUCAAUGAGCCUACUUCAGGAGAUCAUCAAAAUCUUAAUAACAACAGUUCUGGAGUAGUAAUGCCUCUGAUGAGAUCUCUCACAAACCUUUUAACUGAUAGGAAAGCCUUUAAACCUUUAAAAUAUCCUUUAAAUCCAACAGAGCAUGUAUUUCCCAAUUCCCAAAUUAUUGUGAGGGAGGAUGAACCUGGAUCUAUCAUUGCAUUUGCUUUAAAUUCACAAGAAUAUCUUGAAAAAUUAAAGAAUGUGCGGUCAAUAAAUCAAACAUUUAUAACAGAAGAUGAUAAAUUUGGUAGUAAAGGUUCAAGUUGGGGAAUUUUAAAUGUUGAUGAGGGUGCUAAUUUUGACGAUGAUUUAAUUUCACAUAUGAAAUGUCAAUUAAAGGAUGGGUCUACGCAAUUUUUUUGUAAAAUAUUUUGUGCAGAACAAUUUGAUAAUUUACGUCGAAAAUGUAAUUGUGAAAGCACAUAUAUACAAUCACUCGCACGAUGUGUUAAAUGGGACUCGUCAGGUGGUAAAUCAGGGUCUGCUUUCUUAAAGACAAGAGAUGAUCGAUUGGUUAUGAAACAAAUGUCUCGUAAUGAGAUGGACGCUUUCUUGAAAUUUGCUCCAAAAUAUUUUGAACACAUGUCGAAUGCUUUAGACAAUGAGUCAACCGUUUUGUCAAAGAUAUUUGGUUUUUAUCGCGUUGGUUAUAAAAAUGAACAUACAGGGAAAAGCAUGAAAAUUGAUCUUAUUGUAAUGGAAAACUUAUUUUAUGAACGUAAAGUUUCAAAGAUUUUUGAUUUAAAAGGUUCAAUUAGAAACCGGCAUGUUCAAUGCACUGGAAAGGAAAAUGAAGUUUUAUUGGAUGAAAAUUUACUUGAACUCAUUGUAAAUGAAAAUCCUAUAUAUCUUCGAGAACAUGCUAAAGAUUUACUUCGUAAAUCACUUGAUAAUGAUACAACAUUUUUAGCGGAUCAUAAUGUUAUGGACUAUUCACUAUUGGUCGGUUUUGAUGAUGAUAAACAGGAAUUGGUUGUUGGAAUAGUUGAUUUUAUAAGAACAUUUACAUGGGACAAGAAAUUAGAAAGUUGGGUGAAAGAAGCAGGAUUUUUGGGCGGAGGUGGUAAAGAACCAACUAUUAUUUCACCCAAACAAUAUGAAAAUAGAUUCAAAGAAGCAAUGGAAAGAUAUUUUCUUAUGGUACCUGAUAGAUGGAUUAAUUAUAGAACACAUCAAAGAUUUGAUAUAAAUCUUAUCUAUAAAUAG